GGUCACAUGACCAACAGCCAGAGCUCUGUUUACAAACCAAAGAGAGAGAGAGAGAGAGAGAGACCCUUGUAUUGAAUUGAGAGAGGCAGAGGCAGAAAUAUAGGAACAGCAGGAGCAAUAGCAGAAGCAGCAGAGGAGGAUCGAGGCAGAUUUCUAGACCACCAUUAUGGAUUGAGACGAAGAGGGAACCCUGCCACCAUGACCAGGCCAGCUGGAGUCAUUACUUGGACGUCAAUGUCAAGAGAGGAGAAGGAGCACACACGAGGACUGCAGCACUCCCAAUCCCACAUCUCCCAAUCCUAACCCUCGGGAGCUAAUCCAGAUUUGGGAAUGUCGCGUAUGGAUUGCUGAGUGGCCAAAACCGCACAGCCAGAAUCUGCACAAUCUUCUUCUCAGAAUUCUGAUCAUCUUCAUGGUUUUGUUUUUGGACGAUCCACCACGACCUCAAACCACCCCAGCGACUCGUUUGUCUUCUUUUAGCCCCAGUUUAGAGACUGAUUUUGGGCUUCCGGGCGUCGGGGUAACCCUGGUAGUUUGGCCCUCACACAGGUCCAGCCUUCUCCUGACAGGGCCUGGAUUUACUGCUGCAGUCCUGGGAGUCAGGUUUCAUGCAACCAUUCCAAUGGUGUAACGGAUGCCUGUGGUUUAGGUCUCCAGCACUUUGAGAAGUACUGUGGACAUAGCAAGAUGGAUACCACUUACCACCUGCCACUCAAUGUCUACGUGAUAGUGCUGGGCAUCGGCCUGUUCGUCUUCAUGCUCAGCCUCAUCUUCUGCUGCUACCUCUUCAGGUUGAAACAGCAAGGGACGAGGGAGCAGUUCAGCUACAAUGAGGUGGUUCUUAAAGGGGCAGGCAAGAAGCUGAGCCUUCUAGGACAAACGUGUGCAGUAUGUUUGGAAGAGUUUCGGACCAGAGAUGAGCUAGCCGUGUGUCCGUGUUCGCACGCAUUUCACAAGAAGUGCCUGCUGAAGUGGCUGGAGAUCCGUAGCGUGUGCCCCAUGUGUAAUAAACCCAUCCUCAGGCUCCACCCAGACCCCACACAGGGAACUGAGGGGCCCCAGGACCCAGAGGAGGUGUGAAGGACCCUCAGGGGCCACCACGACCGCCAUACGCACCUGUACGCAUUUACAUGGAAUUGAUGGUCAUUUUAUGGACAUCACACAGAGUCGAUUGUAUUCUUAAAGUGGCUUCCAUGGUGUUAGUCUUUGACUGAGCAUUAAUCCAUAUGGCUGGGGUUUGGGUACUGUAUAUGGAUGUUGAUUACACCCGUCCAGGCCUUUCAGAUCGUCAAGAAAGUCAACGAUGACCGAGGUGGCAGGGCGCAAGAGUGUGUUUCAGGAUCAGGCCCUACUAGUUUAGCAAUGGAACCUAAAAACAACAUGAUAACUCUAACCUUGAGGGAUGUGGUGUUUGGAAUUUGGCCAUACUAGCAUGCCAAUGGGGCUUCCCACAAGAAAUGAAGGGUAGGGUAUCGGGUGCAGCAGGUCAGUUUAGCAGUGGAGCUUCAUAAAGCUGCUGUCUAGCCUCCCCCUUUAGAUCAGUGAGAAUGAGUAAAGGCUAUACGGACACUCCUGACCCAAAUAUUAAUUUUGCAGGUCAGCAGCGUACUAAUAGUAUCUCCAGUGAGAAUGAGAGGAAAGUGACAUAGGAACGGGAGCCACUUUAGAAUACCGAGUUCUCCCCGUCAUUGGACGAUGCCUGGUACAACACUGCCAGAAACAGCCAAUCACAAACAACACGUCUGGCAUUCUGAGAAGGUCAUUGGUCGAGUAUCAGGAUUGAUGUAAAUGGAUACCUCUCAUACCUCAGGGGUGUUACAAUACAAGCCAGCACAAACAUGCCAUUCAAUACCAUGUGCCACACACAGAACAUGUCCAAUACUGCCAACUCCAACCAAGGCAACACUAUACUGAGGUAGUCAAAACAUUGGUCACGUUCCAGGCCGACUACAUUGCAGUUGCGCCACACGCAGGAACAAAUGGUUCUAUGCCACAUCAUAGACUGCGCAGUCGUAUGCUAGGUUAGCUGAUAUGUGAAACACUUAUCCAGGCGUGGAGAUCUGGCAAGCGACUGCAAUGUCGUCGGUCUGGAACGCAGCCAUUGAGAUCUGGCAAGCGACUGCAAUGUCGUCGGUCUGGAACGCAGCCAUUGAGAUCUGGCAAGCGACUGCAAUGUAGUUGGUCUGGAACGCAGCCAUUGAGAUCUGGCAAGCGACUGCAAUGUAGUUGGUCUGGAACGCAGCCAUUGAGAUCUGGCAAGCGACUGCAAUGUAGUUGGUCUAGAACGAGGCCAAAGGCUGGAAUCACAAAACCAGUCCAAUACCAACAUCACAGCAGCUCUCUGAUGUACAGAACUAUAUAUCCAGGAUUGUGUCUGAAAUGGCACCCUAUUCCUUACACAGUGCACUACCUUUGACCAAAACCCUAUGCAGGCCCUGGUCAAAAGUAGUGUACUAUAUAGGGAAUAGGGUACCAUUUGACACAAACCAGGUCCAUAACCUCGAAGACUGAUAGACAGCUAGUCUUGCCUGUAUGUAUGUAUGUAUGUAUGUACGUAACGUUGUGACCCCUCCCAUCUUGUAAUUUUGUAUCGUUUGUCGCUUUUAAAUAAAAUAUGUAUCCUCUC